AUGGAAACUGAAACUGAUAUAACUGAAUUCAAUGACGAGGGUGUGAGAGUAACAGACUUAUCAGGACGAUCACUCAGACGUUUGAGGGAUUAUUUUCAAAAUCAUCAUUCCCAUGGAGCCGUGGAGACUUGUUCACGCCAUCGGCAAAAUAUUAGGUGCAUUGUGUUCAAUGAGCAGCAUUACGAAUAUUGUCAACGGUUACAUCAGAGUGUAGGAGUGAAGAAUAAUGGUGUCAGAAGAAGUACUUCACAAGCUUGCUCUAAUUUCAUUCAUUUUUUAUUCACAUAA